CAUAGGCUAAGUAGGACAACCUGUUAUUGCCGCAAAGCUGGAUUUUCUUUUGAAUGAUUUUUGCAAUGAUAAUGCAGAAAAUUAAUUUUUAUAAAUUCACUUUUUUUUCUUUGCCUCCAAGGAAACCAACAUGUCUGACAAAAGUGACUUAAAAGCUGAGCUAGAGCGCAAAAAACAGCGCUUAGCACAGAUAAGAGAAGAGAAGAAACGGAAGGAAGAGGAGAGGAAAAAAAAAGAGGCCGACAUGCAGCAGAAGAAAGAGCCAGUUCAGGACGACUCAGACCUGGAUCGCAAACGCCGGGAGACGGAGGCUUUGCUUCAAAGCAUCGGUAUAUCGCCGGAGCCCCCUCUAGUCCCAACCCCUAUGUCUCCCUCCUCGAAAUCAGUGAGCACUCCCAGUGAAGCUGGAAGCCAAGACUCGGGCGACCUGGGACCAUUAACAAGGACCCUGCAGUGGGACACAGACCCCUCAGUGCUCCAGCUGCAGUCAGACUCAGAACUUGGACGAAGACUACACAAACUGGGAGUGUCGAAGGUUACCCAAGUGGAUUUCCUGCCCAGGGAAGUAGUGUCCUACUCCAAGGAGACCCAGACUCCUCUGGCUACACAUCAGUCCGAAGAGGAUGAAGAAGACGAGGAAAUGGUGGAACCUAAAAUUGGCCACGAUUCAGAACUGGAAAGUCAGGACAAAAAGCAGGAAGUGAAGGAAGCCCCCCCAAGGGAGCUGACAGAGGAAGAGAAACAGCAGAUCCUCCACUCAGAGGAGUUUCUCAUCUUUUUCGAUCGGACCAUCCGCGUCAUCGAGAGGGCCCUGGCAGAAGACUCGGACAUCUUCUUCGACUAUAGCGGCCGAGAGUUAGAGGAAAAAGAUGGGGAUGUCCAGGCUGGAGCCAACCUUUCUUUCAAUCGUCAGUUCUAUGAUGAGCAUUGGUCCAAGCACCGAGUAGUCACUUGUAUGGACUGGUCUCUCCAGUACCCCGAGCUGAUGGUCGCUUCCUACAACAACAAUGAAGAUGCUCCCCAUGAACCAGAUGGAGUGGCCUUGGUUUGGAACAUGAAGUUCAAGAAAACCACACCAGAAUACGUCUUCCACUGUCAGUCCUCUGUGAUGUCCGUCUGCUUUGCUCGUUUCCAUCCCAAUUUGGUGGUUGGUGGGACUUACUCCGGCCAGAUAGUCCUGUGGGACAAUCGCAGUCAUCGGAGGACGCCCGUGCAGCGGACGCCCCUGUCAGCUGCUGCACACACACAUCCCGUGUACUGUGUAAAUGUUGUUGGGACCCAGAAUGCUCACAACCUCAUCACUGUCUCUACUGAUGGCAAAAUGUGUUCCUGGAGCCUGGACAUGCUCUCAACUCCACAGGAGAGCAUGGAGCUGGUGUACAACAAGUCCAAGCCCGUGGCUGUUACCGGAAUGGCUUUCCCGACGGGCGACGUCAAUAACUUCGUGGUUGGCAGCGAGGAGGGCACAGUCUACACGGCCUGUCGUCAUGGAAGCAAAGCUGGGAUCGGUGAGGUCUUCGAAGGUCACCAAGGGCCAGUCACAGGAAUUAACUGCCACAUGGCAGUGGGCCCCAUCGACUUUUCACACUUGUUUGUCACGUCAUCAUUUGACUGGACUGUCAAACUGUGGACCACAAAGCACAACAAGCCGCUCUACUCCUUUGAAGACAACGCCGACUAUGUGUACGACGUCAUGUGGUCCCCCGUGCACCCCGCGCUCUUCGCCUGCGUCGACGGGAUGGGGCGCUUGGACCUCUGGAACCUCAACAACGACACCGAGGUUCCAACAGCAAGUGUGGCCAUUGAGGGGGCGUCCGCCCUAAACCGUGUUCGUUGGGCUCAAGCUGGCAAAGAAGUUGCUGUUGGGGACUCAGAAGGCCGUAUUUGGAUCUACGAUGUUGGAGAGCUCGCAGUACCCCACAAUGACGAAUGGACCCGGUUUGCCAGGACCCUCGUGGAGAUUCGCGCUAACAGAGCCGACAGCGAGGAGGAGGGCGCCGUGGAGCUGGCGGCCUAGUGGCAGGAGCCGCCCCAGCCGGCCCACCGCCGCCUUCUAGAGCUCGGCGCCCGCGGUCAUCGAGCCCGCUGCGUCCAGUGUCCCUUCAGUAUCAGUAUUGCCGUGACGUUCUGGGUGCCAUAGUGUGCCAGCCCUGCUCCAAGUGUUCCCAAUGUAUCCCACCCUGCCCUCCACGAACCUGAAACUCACCAGAGCGUUUCUAUCUUUAUAUUUCUGUCUCAAAAAUAAGGUGGGGGGAGGACCUUUACGGGUUUAGUUGUUGCCUUUUAACUACUUAGUAGCUGUAUUUAAUAGCUGGAAACCUCUGGUUAAAUUUGUGCUUACAUGCACUUCUGGCAUAGUCCUAUUAAAUCCAUAUGAAGCCAGAUAUGAUUAGGUGCAGAUGUGGUGUGCUCCAUGAUAUGGUACAGGGCCAAAGACUUGAGAUGUGGUGUUUUACAUGGUGACUCACGUUAUGAAUGGAUUUACUAGAAGAACAUUGCUGCUCCUUAUUUAUUGUGGUAUGCUGCAUGGAACAUAUUUAUUUGAAAGCAUUAAAAUAAACGAUCCUAGAGCAUGUGCAUAAUGAGAGGACUGUAUUGUCUCUACUGCUGUUGAGGUUACGUUAAGUUCCAAAUAACAAUUACAGUAUGCCGGUUCCACUGAGGACAUGAAGUCUUUAGAGGUUUGUUGCAGUGAACGAAAUGAAUUUUAAUGCCUAUUAUUUCUAGGCACUUGAACAGUAUUUCAAAUAUAGUGGACCAUUGAUACUUGUCAUUCAAGCUAAUACAGUCUGACAAAAGUCUGUGGUUCCUGAAUAUGACACCGGUAUUGCCAAUAAAAUGUUCCAAACCAGGUC